AUGAAAGCCAUCAAAAAAGUGCCUGACUCCUGGACAGCGAAAAAUUCUGACGAAGAACCAGCAGCUACCAGAGAUUGGCUGCAUGGAUUUAUGAAGCGCCACUCUGAUUUGAGUUUGCGCCGCCCUGUACAAACUUCACUUGGUCGUGCCGCAGCCUUCAAUAAGCCAACAGUGGACGCAUUUUUUGACACUUACGUAAAGGUGCGCGAAUCACAUGAGUAUAAUGCUGCUGAUAUAUGGAAUAUGGAUGAGACGGGACUGUCCACUGUCCACAAAACCAAAUUCGUUGUGGCGUCUAAAGGUACUAGAUGUGUCGGUGCAAUAAGUUCUGGUGAACGAGGUACGAAUGUGACAAUGGCACUCGCAGUGUCAGCUGCAGGCGAUCGAAUACCACCUUUCUUCGUCUAUCCACGGGUAAAAUUCCAGGACAAGUUUUUACUGCAAAGCACUACGAAUGCAAGAGGAGUAGCAAAUGGUUCGGGAAGGCAGACAAGCGACACAUUUUUGGAAUGGCUGCAUCACUUCAAAAAUUACGCGAUCCGAUCCAGCACUGAGAAAACUUUGCUCAUCAUGGAUAACCACGAAUCACACAUGACGAUUUCUGGAUUAGACUUUUAUAAGGAGAAUAAUAUUGAAGUGUUAACUCUACCUCCGCACACCAGUCAUCGCAUGCAGCCUCUCGAUAGAGGAGUAUUUGGGCCUCUCAAAACGUAUUUUGAUCAUUCGUGCAAGGCGUGGACGUUCAACCAUUCCGGCAUUCCUAUUACCAUCGACCUCAUAGCUGAACUGGUUGCUGAGCAGUUGUUGAAAGGUGCUUCGAUCAUUUGCUACAUUGAGAUUUUUCUACCAGAAUGGCGUCAAUGA